CAGUCGAAAUCCUCGUUGCACAGACACUCCUCACUGAUCAGACCUCAGCGGACACGCACACGUCAGUACAACACAGUGUAAAAAAAAAAAAUAAAAAAUCUGCCAAGAUGUGUUGUUCCAGCUUACUCAAAAUUAUGAUGUUUAUCUUCAAUGGCGGCAUCUUUUUAGCAGGUGCAGUCAUUCUGGGUGUGGGAGUGUGGGUGCAGGUGGACAAGAAUUCGCUGCUGGGUGUACUGGAACAAGUGGAAAGUAACUCUUCGUUAUCGCAACUGGUCAACGUCAGCUACCUGCUCAUCGCAGUGGGCGCUGUACUUCUGGUCAUUGGCUUCCUGGGCUGCUGUGGAGCCAUCAGGGAGAGCAAGUGCAUGCUGCUGACGUUCUUCAUUAUCAUAUUGGUUAUCUUCCUCAUCGAGGUUGCAGGAGGCGUGGUGCUAUUUGUCUUCCAGGGUUUGGCUGGUGAGCUUCUUCAGGAACUGGAAGAUGAGGUUAGACAGAGUCUUGAAAACAAAUAUGGAGAAGAUGAAAGUCUGACCUCACUCUGGAACGUAACAAUGGAGGAGUUUAAAUGCUGUGGAUACAGGAACUACACAGAUUUUGACAACUCCCCUUUUUACAAUCUCAAUGGAAAAAAUGUCUAUCCAACCCCAUGCUGUAAUUCAACCAUCACCAUCGGUGCAUGCAACACAAAUAAAGCAGAACUUUCGAAUAUUGACGGCUGCUUUGACAAACUGCUGCAGCUGAUAGAGGACAAUGCUCAGAUCAUUGCAGCUGUGGCGCUGGGAAUCACUGCUCUUGAGAUUGCUGCCAUGGUGGUUUCAAUGGUUCUCUACUGUCGAGUUGGCAAGAACUGAUUGAGCUUUGGAAGGAAAUAAUAACUUUGUAAUAAAGUUUUCUAUUACUUGAUUCAAAACACAUUUUCAGCCGAACGUUUAACACUGCACCCUUGUUGAUUUCUAAAACAUUAAUUUAAACAUAGAGAAGAAGGUAAUGAAACUGAUGUAGUUUUAGUUUUAAAACUAUGUAUUGUUGCACAUUUAUACUGUGAUUUAUUUAUGUUUUUAUGAAGGCUGUUUUUUGCUGACACUUUAUGUGCUGAUACAUUUAAGUCCAUAAUGUGAAACAAUGCACAGUGCAGAGAAAUCUGGUUACAUUGUGUCAGUGGUUUAUGUUUAUGUAACACUAAAAUAACUAAAAUAAUGUGAUGAAUUGACUUUUCUAUGUAUG